AUGGCUGACGAAGCGAAGGCGAGAGGCAACGCCGCGUUUUCGGCGGGGAGGUUUGAGGAAGCCGUGGAGCACUUCACGGACGCCAUCAAGCUCGCGCCCGACAACCACGUGCUCUACAGGUGCGCCCGACAACCACGUGCUCUACAGGUGCGCCCGACAACCACGUGCUCUACAGGUGCGCCCGACAACCACGUGCUCUACAGGUGCGUCCUCCCCGCCCCUUCGCCCCUCACGCGCUCACCUCACCUGCUAGCGCCGCAUCUCGCGGUAUUCU